UUUAUCUUGCCUUGGGAAUUUUCUGGAAGGCAGUCGUUGGCUUUUCUGUGACGCUUCUUUUGUCCUGUUCACCGACUAUACCCCUCCACCCCUCACUCCAUAUUCUACCGUCACAAUGGUCGACGCUCCCGAGAGCCCGAGGCCCCAGGAACAAACUCCCCAAAAGAAUGUCUACCAGAAUGGGGUGAGAACCACAGGCCGGGCCUUCCACUCUCCCAACUGGCGUGUGAAGCGCGAAGAGAGCCCUAGUGGGCAGAGCGCCGCUGCCGGAUCUCCCGGUCCCAAGACAAGCACCUCGAGACUCGCAUUCAGCAGACCCAGCCCGCAUGUGCCCCAGGCUAUUUCGGAGGGUCGCCGUCUCUAUGUGGGCAACAUGCCCUACACGGCCAAGUCGGAGGAUGUGCAGGCUCUCUUCGAUGCGGCUGAGUUCCGAAUCGAGCGUAUCGACAUCGCCAUCGAUCCUUUCACCGGCCGCAACCCCUCAUACUGUUUCGUCGACCUGGAGACCAAGGAGCUGGCUGAGCGCGCCAUGACGGAAUUGGACGGUCGGGACAUGCUUGGUCGUCCCGUCAAGAUCAAGCCCGGUGUCGUGAAGACCCAGAGUGAACGGGCUCAGCAACAGCAGCAACAGCAGCAGCGCUCCGAUGCCUCCCCUCGUGAGACGCGGUCUUCUCCGUUCAGCAUGGACCGUUGGCGCCGCGGUGACGAGGCCCAGCCCCCGCGCACUCCCUCGAAGACCACUACCACCACCACCGCCAGCACCCCCUCAAACAGUGAUCCCAGCCGUCGCCUCUAUGUUGGCGGCCUGCCGAGGUUGACGGACCAGGAGGCCAUCACCAGCAACAUGACCAACUUCUUCAAGGAUUACAAUGUUGAGAAUGUCAGCAAGCUGUUCGCUCCCCACCCCGCGAAGAGAUUCGAGCCCGGUGACCACUACUACCUGUUCGUCGAUUUCAGCAGCGUCGAGGAGGCUGAGAAUGCCAUGAACGCUCUGAACCGGGCGGAAGGUCCCUGGGGUGCCGUCCUCAGGGUUCAGAGAGCCCGUGGAGAGAACAACUCGCAAGAGCGGAGACCCAAGUGGUCGUCCAGCCGGGACGAAGCCACCCCGGCUGCUGAGGAGGUUGCAGUCGCUGCAUAGUCGUCUCAAUAGCGCGACACAUCUGAGCAAUCAUCCAUCAUGGGAACAAGACUUCACCCCCAACACUAAAAAUAGAUGCCUGACGUUGUUACGAUAUGAAUAAGGGGCUGCCACCCCAAAAAAAGAAGU